GCCUAACAUUUGAAGAAACCCUGUGGCACUGGGUACCGAAUCCACCCCAGAAUUUAGGUCUGGCUGGUACAGAGCUGCGCUUCUUCCUGCCAGAAUCCUCACCACAUUGGCUCAGGCUUCCGGAAGGGGUGGGGCUUGGGCGUCUUAGUAAGCGGAAGCGGUGUCUGUCUUCGUCCGGACUACACAAAACAUGCCCAAAGCUGGAGCUAGUGCUGGGGCCCGAGGUUCCCGCGGAGCUAUUAAGCAGAGCAGGCGCAUGGCAGGCGACCAGCCGAAGGCAGACACAUCCGACAUGUCAUUUGAGGAGCUGUUGGAGUUGCAGAGCCGCGGGGGACCCAAGGCUUGUAAGCAGGUGGUAGCUGGAAGGAGCCCUGAGAAGCAGAGCCCCAAGCCUGUGUGUGUUGCAGAUAAGCACCGGCCUCUGGAAAUGUCAGCCAAAGUUCGAGUGCCAUUCUUACGCCAGGUUGUUCCCAUCAGUAAGAAGGUAGCCCGAGACCCCCGAUUUGAUGAUCUAUCAGGGGAAUAUAACCCUGAGAUAUUUGACAAAACUUACCAAUUCCUGAACGAUAUCCGAGCCAAAGAGAAAGAGCUUGUGAAAAAGCAGUUGAAGAAGCACCGAUCAGGGAAGGAGCAUGAGAGGCUGCAGCAGCUGCUCCAUCGAAUGGAACAGCAAGAAAUGGCACAGCAGGAGCGAAAGCAGCAGCAGGAGCUGCGCCUGGCCUUGAAGCAGGAGCGGCGGGCUCUGGCACAACAGGGUCAUCGGCCGUACUUCCUGAAGAAAUCUGAGGAGCGCCAGUUGGCCCUGGCUGAGAAGUUCAAGGAGCUGAAACGCAGCAAGAAGCUGGAGAGUUUCUUGAGUCGGAAGAGGCGCCGGAACGCAGGCAAGGACAGGAAGCAUCUCCCUCUGAGCAAUGAGUAGUAAGGAGCUGUCCCAGGGAGACAAGUGUCACAAGUACCCUGCGCUAGACUGUCUCAGAAGACUGGUGUGCUCUUGGACUGUGCAAGGGCUCUUCAGCAACAGGCGCUCAGCCUUCGCCUGUCAGACUCCUUUCUCCAUCUCCUUCAUCGUGUUCUCCUUCCGUCCUUUUCCUUAGGCCAGUGAUUCAACAUGGGGUAUGUUCACCACUCCUGGAAAGGGACUUUAAAGAGCCAUUUUGGAAACAUGCUUUUUACUCAUUUA